AUCUACUCAUGGAACUCAUACUCAUUAGAUUAGAUCCAUCUUCUUUUGUGUAAUAAUUGCUAAGUAAUAAGUUUAUAUUACUGGAUACUUAAACAUUGUAUACUCUAAUAUGUAUAAGAGAGAUUAACAUUUUAUAUUCAACAGCAUGCCCAUUCACGCACUGCAGUACGUGAAUCACGUACAAAAUAUCAAAUGCACGCAUAAAAAUCACUUGUUGGGGGUACAUGCACGCAGAGAUUCGGAACUCUAGUUCAGCUGCAAUAUCGCUGUUUAUUUCAUCGCGCACUUGCCAAUUGUUUGGUAUGGUCUAAAACGCAGAUCCGGUCCAAGAACGUUAUAAUUUCGUUUCCAUCACCGAAUUCUCGGCGUAAUUGUCAGCUGUAUAGAGGGGUUUGGUAAAUGUUUUAGUCGGACGUCAUACGGGUCGUGUGCAAAAAAAGAAUGGAUACGAAACGCAAAAAGGCAUUUUAGCUUUAAUAAACUCAGCAAAAGGCAUGUCAACAAGAAGAAAAUUUAACGAGAUGUUUGAUCGCUUAUUAAGCUACAGACCAAGAUAUGUGUUCAUAAACUUAGGAGGAAACGAUAUUACUGCUGAAUGUGAUGCCCAGACGAUCUACCUGGAUAUAAUCGACAUUGUUGGGAAGUUGUACAAUUCUGGCGUCGAACGUGUAUUCGUUGCCAGCAUAGUGGAGAGGGGGAAAUUUCCUCACUGGACAGGGCUGAACCAUAAAAUAUUCACUGUUUGUAGAAGAUAUAUCAACAAAAAACUGAAAAAAUACCUCAGAAAUGACUUUGUGCAAGUUGGAAAGAGGCUAAUGUUUCCAAGACAUUAUGAUUCGGACUUAGUGCACCCUGGAUUUCAAGAAGGAGGAAUGAACAUAUUUAAGCACGAAAUAUUGAGGGCAUUUAAACGGACUUUAUAAAGAUAAUGUUAAUGAAAACCGACGCAUGAUUGUAUAAUGCCAUAUCAGAUUUUUUCGUAAUAAAGUAUUAUUAAUAAAUUAUCUGUAAUUUAACUGCCUCCUGUAAAUAUCCUGGGCGUCGUCGCCUAAACCUUCGAAACAUGGAAAUGCUUAGUAAGUUUAUGCGUUUCACUUAAGCUAUACCACAUCAAAUUAAGAGAAGUGGAAUGAAAAUCUAUCUUUAUAUCUAAAUAUUAAUUGAUAAUAUAAUAGUAUGAAAUUAUUUAUCUUAUCAACAUAUGCCUUAAAUAAUUUUUUAUUGAUAAUGUAAUAAUGGUUUUCAAUCUGCAAUUUAAAUAUUUCACGAUAUUAUCAAAGGGUAAUAUUAGAUUAAUAUUAUAUGCUAAAAGAAAGGGAGUUAAUUACGAAAUACGAUAAUAUGAUCAUUUUAAUAAGUGUCGUUCAAGAAGUGAGGAUUUUUUCUGCUAAUCGAUUAAUUUCAAUUAAUUUUAGCACUGAGGAAAUUGUUCCAAUGCAAUUCGCAUAUCAAAAAAAUACAGUUCGUAUUUUUUAUUUAAUUACUUAAGCUCAAAUUUCCAUUUUCUAUUUAUCCCGAAAACCCGUCUUAGAUCAGUUAUUCCUUACUGUACAUCAAUAUACAACAUAGGUAAAUACAUUAAUACAGUGUUUCCUACAAUGUCAUUCAUAUCAAAGAGCUAUAAAAAUAAAUGUAUUUUUAGUUCUUUGUUCAUAUCAAAGAGAUUGCAACAGAUAAAAAUGACUUCUACUAUAAAGCAAUACAUAAUUUUAAAACAUGCUUGUACCAUUUUGGUAGAUCUAUGUUUACACUGUACAUAUUUUUGUAUAGGCUAUAAACAUUGUAAUGAAUGUUUUAUGCUUGAAUAAAUU